AGCAUAGUCGAAAGUUACAAGUCCACGAUCACGACCGCUUUCUUCGUCUCACCCACUCAUCCUUCUUGAGCUCUUUAACGACUUCUACGACUCGAAAUGUCGCUUUCUACGUUCUUCACCGAGCCGUUCUACUCCCUCGCCGACUUUGACCGCCUCUUCGAUGAGGCGUUCAACGCGCGCACGUCCGCAGUCGCGCCGAGGCAGCAAGGAAACAACGGCAACGCCGUCUCCCGCCCUCUGCGCCCAAGACUGGACCUGCAUGAGGACCAGGAGAAGAACCUCGUGACGGCCACGUUCGAACUCCCCGGCCUGUCCAAGGAGAACGUCCAGAUCGACGUGCGAGACAACGUCCUGACCGUCUCUGGCGAGUCCACCAUCUCCAGCGAGCGCGACGACAAGGGCUACUCGGUCCGCGAGCGGCGGUUUGGCAAGUUCUCGCGGUCGCUGCCACUCCCUCAGGGAAUCAAGCCUGAGGAGAUCAAGGCGUCCAUGGAGAACGGCGUCCUGGCCGUGACCUUCCCGAGAACGACCCCGGAGCAGGCCCCGAAGAAGAUUACGAUCUCGUGAGCAGCUUUGUGGGUUUGUUCUAUCUCAGGAGAUAGGUUGGUUGUUAUCAUAGAGACGCACGUUAAUAGGAUUGAGUUUUCUAUAGCC